AUUACUUCGUUUGUAGUCAUGAUCUCCGAGUCCGAGAAGCACGACAGUAGUCCUGGGGCACAGCACCAUGAAGAGUCUAACCUAGAUCACAAGGAUGCUAAGAUUCUGCCUAUUGAGCAGGAGGCACAUCACGAUGCGUACCACGUCAACUUGAGUUGGCGGUCUUGGCUUGUCGUGUUCAUUACCUGUUUUGCGAUAUUCGCACAAAUCUUCGUCGUCGUGGCCGCUGGGUCUGUCAUCACCUUCAUUAUUCGAGACCUAGGAGAUGCCUCGAUUGCCGGCUGGGUCAUCCAAGGUCCUCUUCUCAUGCAAAGUGUCCUCUCACCCAUCGUUGGUCGGCUAUCAGAUGUCCUGGACCGCAAAUAUCUCGCUACGGUACCACCCAUAAUCGCAUUCAUUGGCGCAGUCAUCUCAGCUAAGGCUACCUCUAUGAGCAUGCUAAUCGGGGGAGGCAUACUCAUCGGCACGACCCUGUCGACUAUCUCGAUCGUUCAGGCAAUACCCUCGGAGAUUCUACCCCUGAAGUACCGAGCACUUGCUAAUGGAUUUGCAUUUAUGGGGGGUGCUCUUGGCGGAUUGAUCGGGUCACUCGGUGCUGGGGCUGUUACAAACGUCAAUACAGGUGGAUGGCGCUAUAUCUUCUGGAUGCAGGCUGCGUUCCACGGAAUUACUGCACUGGGGCUGUUGGGUCUUUACUGGCCUCCAAAGAACAUCGAGUACCCCAAGAUGUCCCUGCAAGAGUACAUUUGGGCUUGCGACCCGAUUGGAUCACUUUUGUUCGUCGCCAGUGCUACAUUGAUGCUUCUAGCGCUCGACUGGGCCGGUGGCGCGUACACGUGGUCUGACCGGCACGUGGCUGUGCCCCUGAGUUUGGGCCUGGCACUACUCGUCUUGUUCACAAUUUACGAGUGGAAAGGAAGACCAGACGGGCUAGUCGCUCACAUAUUUUUCAGAAAAAACCUCAACUUCGUUUUGUCUGUCUUCGCCUUUGCCGUGGAAGGCUGGAUCUUCUAUAGUGCCGUUAAUUCAGUCGUUCCCCAGAUCGUGCUCAACCUGGGUUUCGAGACCAAUGCCUGGCGUAUCUCCGUUCGCCAGCUGAGCUACCAGGUGGUGACUUUAAUCGUGAGUAUCCCCAUUGUUUGGUAUUCCACCCGGUACAAGGACCUGCAGUCUCCCCUUCUGCUUACUUUCACCCUCUUUCUCGUUGUAGCAAUCUGCUACGCCACGAUUCAACCGUCUUGGGAUAAAGCCCAAAUCGGCUUAAAUGUCAUUGCAGCAGUGGGGCAGUCGGGCCCCCUGGCUCUGCUGGUAGCCUGCGUCCAGUUCACCGCACCGCACGCAUACCUCUCCACCGCAACAGGCCUUGCCUUCUCUGCGCGUGCCAUUGGAGGUGCAUUUGGUUCCGGGGUGCUGAAUGCCAUCAUCAACGGCCGUCUCAGUACCCAUUACGCCGCGGCUAUCUCCAAAGCAGCCACAACCGCAGGGCUUUCCAGUGAAAAUGUGCCAGCACUGUUGGAAGCACUGGAUGCGGGCGAGAUAGGCACCGCUGAUGUGCCGGGUGCGACUACAAGUGUCUGGGCAGCCGUGAUGUAUGCGAGCCAAUGGGAAUAUGCGCACGCUUAUCGUUUGGCGUGGGCGAGUAUCAUCCCCUUUGUUGUCUUCGCUAUUGUUUCUGUGGCCUGUCUGAAGGGGGUUCAGGAUUUGAUGACGGAGAAGGUGGAGGCGACGGUCGAACAUGCCGAAAGGAUGGAGGAGAAAGGAGUAUCCGCGUAACUAGGGCAGCUUUGGGAACAUUAAUGUUCCUUGGACUUAUACAAGAUGUGGUCAAAGUCCAAAGUAAGUAUUUAAGGUGUGAAAUAAUUAGAUUUUGUAUAUUGAAUACCUAUUAGGCCACUCUCUUCAUGAACCGUAGGUUUACAUAGGACAGUAUAGCAACCGAG